AUCAGUAUACAGGUCUCCACUGGCGUAGAAGUCAGUCAGCAAGUAAUGGACAAACUGCUACUUUAUGCCCUUUUGGGCUGUACACUUGUUGCCGCUGGAGCUGGCAUGGAUGAAAAUCUUGAAAACAGUGUACUGUCCGAGGUGGAAGGAGAAGCGAGCUUGAGCAGGGAUAUCAGAGCUCCAAGAGAAAAAGAUAAUACAGUUAAUGAUAAUGAUGCUGCAAGGGAAAAGAAAGAAAGUAAGCUAGGAAGAAUUCGCAACAGGAAACAAAAUUUAGAUAAGUCAAAGAAAAAGAAGAAAAUAGAAAAGGAAAAGAUCAAGCAUAAAAAGAAACAGAUCAGAAGACAAAGAAGGAGAAAGAGUAAAAAAUCUCAGCAGUUAGUCUCCACAAGGCAGACAACUUGUACCUCUGAUGCUGCAUGUUUAGAAUUAGCUGUUAAAUACAUGAAGCAGGUUAAGGACAAUGUCAAAAAUUUUAAUGCGCAGAAAUCCAGAAUUGAGAAAUUUCUAAGUCUUGGUUCAUCAAAAGCAGGCAAAAAGGGUGAAUUUGACUUAGAUCUUUCCUGGUUAAAAGAAGCUGGGGGUGGAAAUGCAUCUGCACUAAAAUGCCAAAAUGCCAGUGCAGGAGAAGCAGCGAUAAAGGAAGCUAUAGCAAAUUUAGCUAGUUGCCCGGAGACUAUAAAAGCAGCAUGUGAAACAAAUAGGCCAGCCUACGAUAAAGCAGCAGCUGACGACUGUGCUGCAAAAAUGAGUGCACUUGUUACCGCAGUAGAUAAAUGUUUCCCUUCUGGAGGUUGUACCUGCUGGAUAGCUGCAGAUAUUAAAGCAGCUUCAGACGCAAUUGCAAACUGUUCAUUAGUUGCUAGCAACGGAGACUUCACCAAAUUUAAGAACAACUGUACUAGCAGCUUCUCAGCAUGCAGACAAGUACAAGAUAAGUCCUCUUCUAUUAUGUUUGCCUGCAAUGGUGGAAGUACUCCUGAAAAACUCAUUGCCAAGUUGAAAACUAUUACUGAUAAUAAAGCUGCUCUGGAAGGUCUUAAGACAGAUGCAACUGCACAGUCAAAUAAAAACAGGAUAAAGCGGGCAGCAUCUUGCGGAGAUUUUAUAAGAAAUUGCAACAAAGUUGCAGAAUUGGCGAAAGAGUCUAUAUCAAACCCAACUAUUAGUUCAACCAUUGCUGCAAUCAGAGCUGACUUACCUACAACUUGCACAGCUGAUGAGAAAGCUAUUCUAGCAGGGACAGUUUUAACAGCAUUGACCUCUGCUGUAGCAAUAGCUGAUGUUGCAAUAGCUCAGAUUCAAAAUGAUAUCUCAGUUUUAACUGGAACAACUGCUUCAAGUGGAGUAAUAUCUGCUGCAACAACAGCAGCUUCAACUGCUACCAAGGCUCCUGUCGGAAAAAGAAUUCUACGAAGUUUGUUUAAACACUAGACGCUAUAGAUGACUAAACAACAAGCUUGAACAAUUUAAUAAUCUUCUAACUAAACCAUCUGUAAUAUGUAACAAGAAAACGAAUAAUGCUAGUAAAAAGAUAUGUAUGAGUACACUAAAACUACUAGACGUAAACCACAUGCCGACAAACACUGACAAAUGACUCAUUAGUUUUUAAGGAUACUUUCUUAAUCGUAAUUCUGCCCUAGUUUAUAUUAUAUAUUGAAUAAACUCUGCAUUCAA